AUGUUUCGAUUGAUGAGUGGCAUCUUCGCCAAUAGUCUGCACGGCAGAGAAUUUUGCUUUGAACGACUUUCCGCGUGCAAAUGUCGGUCACCGCGAAAGUCUCCGCCGAGGGACUGUGUGAAGAAACCAUUCCCAGUCACAGAGUUGGGUGAGAGUUCGCCAGAGAAGAGUCGCCUAUUGGAGCUAAUGAAGCAAGGAUGUCCGUGUCCCAAGGACACUGUCAAGGAGCGGUGGUUCUUCACCAAUCAGCACAUCAUAUUCGCCUUAGCCAAGGUUUUGAAUCGUCCGGCCAACGCGGUCUCUGACUUUCUGUACCUGUUGACAUUGCAGAACUUUAGCAAGAUUAUGAAUCCCGCGGUUGCACCUGGAAAUCAUUGCAAGGUGCCGCUAGUGUAUCCAAACGCUUGUGAGGAUUACAUGCGUCUGUUUGACACGAACGGAAACAUCAGGAGUCGCUUCAGCAGCGACAGCCUGAUGCUUCUGAUACGUGUCAUGCAGACCUGGCUAAAAGGGGGAGACCCCAAGAACGUCAAGCCACUUGGGUCCUGUUUCGAAGGUGCACCAUGCCAUUUCCGCAGUGGGAUUAAAGCCAGGAAAGCGGGCAUCGAUCGGGAUUCCAUCGCUCAUCGAAAUGGCAGGAGGCGACGACAAGAGUCGGAUGCGAGAGCCUGUCUGAACAGGGCUAAUUUAAUAGGUUACUCUUUGAAUGGAUGUCCUAGGAAUGUGAACGGAUCAUGGAAUGACUCAUCUGCAUCUCAAGGGAGUCCCUUGGCAAGUGGCGAGCCUGGCUAUGUGUUUGGAAAGCACUUUUUGCCAAAGGAUUUGAAUGACUGGGAUCAGAAGAAUCCCAUGAAUCUUGAAGAACUCGAUAGCUAUGAGGAUGAGCUGGCAGCAGAACGAGCCAGACGACUCAAGAACCUGCUCUUUCAGCUCAAUGAAAGGACUUACCUUACUCGCAACCCAUAUUACCUCAUCGAAGCAAUCAAGAACAUUCAAGUGGAGAAAACACGACGAAAAUCAGUGAAGAAAUCUGCUACUAAAAACAGCGCCAAGACCAAAUCCGAUGAAUACUACCAAAUGCUUAGGGAUUCGGCCACAAAAUCACGCCUGAAGGAAACCCUAUUCCAUGACAUUGGGAAGGACUCCUCGCAAAAUAGGCAUAGGAAAAAUAAUACUCACAAGCGCAAGGGUCAUGAGGCCGCAGAUGAGGUGGUCGAGAACGGUCCCAGUAGCAAGUUAUACUACGGUGCUCCAAUCCCCGUGCUCGUCCACGAGCCCUUCAACCAGGACAAACCCUGGACCUGGCUGAAUCGACAUCCGCACCAGUCGCGGAUGAACGACAAAGGUCGCAUCGUAGAAGACAAAAACAUUCGUCGCUAUCGGCGUUCCACAAUAUCCAAACAGAUGGAGAAGGCCCGGGAGAAAGCCUCAGUGCACUCCAUCAUCACCUUGGACCGGGGCAACAACGGCAGUGCGACCGAUGUGCCAAUGUUCGGCUAUAGGUCGGACCAGAAACUGGCGACAAGGAAGUCCCAAGGAAGACAAUCCCUAACCAGACAAUCCCAAGCCAGACAAUUCCUAGUCUCUGCAAAGAGUGGGAGGAAUCGGCGAUCAGUUUUCUCUUAG